GUCUGAGGAAGGAGGCAACCAGGAACUGCUUAUUCUUCUGGAAACCCUGGAGCCUCUUGAUGCAGACAGCGUUUCCUACUUUCCCUGCGGCUCUUUUGUGUGACUUUGAGAGGGGCUCCCUAGUGACUGAUUCCUCUCCCUCUCCGGUGCGGUGGCGCGCUGCGCUCGCAUCAGCGAGCAGCCAGCUCUGGGAGGACUCAACAGAGCUCAGCGGAGGCAGCAGGCAAAGACCUCAACCGUGCUGUGCUGGAACCGGCAUGCGGUUUUUGAAGUCAGCAGAAACAGAAAUCAAAUUACUAUCGUCUUAUGCUGCUGGAAGCUCAAAGAGAGGGGAUUCCACACCGGCUCAGUCACCAUGAGACAGGCGAGUCACAGGAUAGCGGACCCUGGCGACAAUAAAUGAACACGUUUGUGUCCCCAAAUGCUCAACACUGCUUUUUUUGCCAUUGCUUCCGUGAGAACUUACAGCUCGGCGGCGGACUCUCCCUAGCACUGUGAAGGGAGCACAACCAAGAGCCAUCACUCUUCUGUAACUCUUACUAUGGAAGAGGGGAAGGCAGCCAGAGGAACCACACAUGGGCUCCGCUUCAGCAAGUCCUAGCGCCAGGAGACGCAGAUGAAUGGUGAACCCAGGCUAUGACUCCUUAGUCUCUCCACACUUCAUCUGCUACAACUUCCGGCUUAGACAUGGAAAUUCUUUGUGAGGACAAUAUCUCUCUGAGCUCAAUUCCAAACCCCUUAAUGCAAUUAGGUGGUGACUCGAGGCUCUACCAGAAUGACUUCAACUCCAGAGAUGCUAACACUUCCGAUGCAUUGAACUGGACAAUCGAUGGUGAAAACAGAACCAACCUCUCCUGCGAAGGGUACCUCCCACCAGCAUGCCUCUCCAUUCUUCACCUCCAGGAAAAAAACUGGUCUGCUUUAUUGACAGCUGUCGUGAUUAUUCUCACCAUCGCGGGAAACAUACUGGUCAUCAUGGCGGUGUCCCUAGAGAAAAAGCUGCAGAAUGCCACCAACUAUUUCCUGAUGUCACUUGCCAUAGCUGAUAUGCUGCUGGGUUUCCUUGUCAUGCCCGUGUCCAUGUUAACCAUCCUGUAUGGGUACCGGUGGCCUUUGCCUAGCAAGCUCUGUGCGGUCUGGAUCUACCUGGAUGUACUCUUCUCCACGGCCUCGAUCAUGCACCUCUGUGCCAUCUCCCUGGACCGCUACGUUGCCAUCCAGAACCCCAUUCACCAUAGCCGCUUCAACUCCAGAACCAAAGCCUUCCUGAAAAUCAUUGCCGUGUGGACCAUAUCUGUAGGUAUAUCCAUGCCGAUCCCGGUCUUUGGCCUACAGGAUGACUCGAAGGUCUUUAAGGAGGGGAGCUGCCUGCUCGCCGACGACAACUUUGUCCUCAUAGGCUCUUUUGUGGCAUUUUUCAUCCCCCUAACCAUCAUGGUGAUCACCUACUUCCUGACUAUCAAGUCACUUCAGAAGGAAGCCACCCUGUGUGUGAGUGACCUCAGCACUCGAGCCAAACUAGCCUCCUUCAGUUUCCUCCCUCAGAGUUCUCUGUCAUCGGAAAAGCUCUUCCAACGGUCGAUCCACAGAGAGCCAGGCUCCUACGCAGGCCGAAGGACGAUGCAGUCCAUCAGCAAUGAGCAGAAAGCAUGCAAGGUGCUGGGCAUCGUGUUCUUCCUGUUUGUUGUCAUGUGGUGCCCAUUCUUCAUCACCAACAUCAUGGCCGUCAUCUGCAAAGAAUCCUGCAAUGAAAACGUCAUCGGAGCCCUGCUCAACGUGUUUGUCUGGAUUGGGUAUCUCUCCUCGGCCGUCAAUCCACUGGUCUAUACAUUGUUCAAUAAAACUUACAGGUCCGCCUUCUCACGGUACAUUCAGUGUCAGUACAAGGAAAACAGAAAGCCACUGCAGUUAAUUUUAGUGAACACUAUACCAUCCUUGGCCUACAAGUCUAGUCAGCUCCAGGUAGGACAAAAGAAGGACUCACAGGAAGAUGCCGAGCCGACAGAUAAUGACUGCUCCAUGGUUCCACUAGGGAAACAACAUUCAGAAGAGACUUGUACAGAGAAUAUUGAAACCGUGAAUGAAAAGGUUAGCUGUGUGUGAUGAGCUGGAUGCUGUGACGAUCGCCCAGGGCAUGUGAACAAGUUUAUACCCGUGUCUGGGGGCGGGGCUCAGGAGGCUCAGGUCAAAUCAGACUACUCCAGUGGACCAACUAUAAUGUCCUGACAGCAUCUGAACUAGGAGCGUUAUGAUGCUUUUAACAUUGCCAGUGAGAUCUUAAAAAUCAUUGGCCUUUAUUGUAUAAUUGUAAUGAGACAUAAAAUCCAUCUAAUUAACUUCUAUUGUCAAAUAGAAACCUGGCUGCCCUAUUGUUGAUGAGUAGCAUGGGAGUGAGUUGUUGACCUAUUAUUGUAUAUAAUAAUAGCUAGAAAUACUGAAAAUAAUGAAUAGCCUCUUUUUAAAAAAAAAAGUGUUUCAAAUUCACCACGACAUAUAUUUUGAAAAGAAAAAUAGACAGUAUUAUGACAUUUGUAUUGCUAAUAUAAUUCAUUGAAAUACUUGACAAUAUUUUUCAUUCUUGCUUUUUCAUAGAUGCCAUUUUGAAAUGUUCCGCAAGACCGCUGGCAUUUGCUGCAUUUGUCAUUAAUUCUCAGAUGAGGAAGGGUUUUAAAUGUUAUUCAAUAACGCGCUGCUUCCUCUUCUACUUCUUGGGCUUUCCCUGAAUUUGCAAUGUGGUCUUGUUUCGUAUAUUUUCUUCUCUGUAAACUA